AUGGACGAUGAGACGGCAGAAAUCGAGCUGUUGCAGCAAAAUCUCAACAAGACGCGCCAAAUAUCGAAGAGAAUGACGACCAUUCUCGACAGUUUCGACACCCGAUUGGCCAAGCUCGAGAAGUCAAUACUACCGUUGUAUACGGCGACACAGAUCCUGAAUCGACGCCGGAGUAAUAUUGACAAGACGUUAGCACGGAUCGAAGACCUUUCAAACACGCAGCAGGAUAUUGCGGCGGAUGAGGCUCUCAUUCUGCGCGGGCCACAGCCCACCAACCUCGAUGUCUACAAGGAGGUUUUGGAAAGACUGAAUACAAGCAUCGCCUUCAACUCGGCGGAUCAGGACCUCGCAGCAUCGGCCCGCCUCGUCGAAACAGGAGCCAAGAAACUAACGCAAUUAUACACCAAAGUCGUGGCAGAAGGUUCUUCUGGAACAACGCCAGCCCCGGGGACCGACUUCAUGUUAAGCUCCUUCCCAUCGUCGCUGCUACCGACCCUAUCCCCGGUCGUCAGUUUCCUCCGAACAUUACCUUUGCCUUCAACACAUCCAUCGCAUCCGGCGGCCCAAAGUAUAUUGUCAACACUGAAGGAAGCCCAGAAGGGAUACGCGGACAUGCGCGGUAAUUGGAGCGUCAAAUGCCUGGAAGGACAAGGAAAGAGACUCGUGGCGCGGGCCGACACUGUCGACCCGUUAGCGACAGGGAGGGACUUCAGGGAAUGGGUCGAGAUGAUGUUGGGUACUGCUGAGGAGGAAUACAAGCUUCUGAUCGAGCUCAGCCCGCUCUCAAGCCUUCAAAUGGUUGCAUCGGCAUACGGAACACUCAUGGCCCCAAUCCUCAAGCUCUUCCACUCGGUGCUCAAUCAGCUGAUCACCCUGACGAAGAAAUCGCUGCACAAGUACAACUUUCUCGCCCUUUCGGCGUACGAAGGUCUCCUAUCGUUGCAGCCGCACUGGGAUGAGCUCUUGUCCCACCGAGGCUCAGACCAUAUGAUGGAAAAGAACGAGCCUAAAGACGGAUUGCAGAGUCUGCGUGCGCUCUGCUUGCGGAGCUUCCCUGAGUUCCUGGCUGAUGUGAAGAUGGGCGCGAUGUCGAGAGGCUCCGACACCAGCACCAAAUUAAUGGACUUCGUCAAUUCGACCGUAGCAUACAUUGAAAGGAUGCCUCAGGUGCGAAGCGCGGUUGAAUCUGUCCUUUUGGCGCUUGGAGAUGGAAAUUGGAAGAUGGGUGAGGGCGUUCAAGUCGGCAAAGGCAACAAAGAGGACAUUGGCGGCAGUAUCAUUGAGCGUUUCCUUCACGACGUCGUGACGACAGCCAUCAGCAGUCUGACCGCGAUUUCUCGCACUGCAAGGCGGCCGCCCUUCGGCUCUGUGUUUCUCCUGAAUAAUAUUUCCUAUCUGCGCCAGAAUUUGCUCAUAGAGCCAACGGACGACAGCAUCCAGGCCGUGCUCUCGCCCGCUACGUCAGAGGCACUCAACUCAGCUUAUCGUACAGCCAAGGCUGGUUAUUUCGACUCCAACUUUUCGCCAUUGAUGCAGGCCAUCACGGAUGAUCCAAAGGACAAGUCGAAUAAGGCUGCUGCGAAGGAGAAGUUUACGCGGUUCUUCGACCUGCUGGAUGAGGUCGUUGAGAGGCAUAAGCUUGCUAAAGUCCUGGAUGAAGAUCCUAAGGGCAGAGCCGACAUCAGCGAGGAGAUUGUCAUGCUGGUCGUCCCUUCGUUCCAGCGGUUUACUCAGAAGCAGAAGGAUAAGGAAUUCAGUAAGAACCCACAGAAGUAUAUAAAGAGGACCGCCGAAGACGUCGAGUCGCAGUUAAGAGGGUUAUUCCGAUAG